UAUAUACUAGUAAUCUGUGUUUACGCCGUACUUCCCUAUAAAAUGAAUCAAGGGACAUGUUUAUUGUGUUUUUCUGUUGCAAAAGUAUUUAAUAUUAAAUAUACUCACUUGCAAAAUGUGUACGAAGAAUUAUCAGGCAUUGAGAUACAAGCCGACCCUCACCCGCUGUGCUACAUUUGCUAUACAAAGCUUCUUCAGAGCCAACAACUGUUGAAGCAAAUACAAGAAAAUAGUAGAACCAGUCAGCCUGACAUGAGACCUUUAGUACACCUGUCCAUGGUAGCCAAUUAUGCUUGGUCUCUGCCACAAAAUUCUGCAAAAAUCCAGUUACAUCCUGUUAAGGAAGAAGAUUUUAAAGAAGAAUAUGUAGGUGGCACAGCCAUAGAAUUUGUGGAUAGUUUGGGUCGAGACUCAAAAAGUCCAGCUAUAAAAGAACAAGGUGUAGAAAAUCCAAGUCAUUACGAAGCCGAAAGUACUGGAGAAUCAACGUACGGACGUGAUAUUCCCACGAAGCCGACACAAGAUGGCACAAAUUAUUAUAGUUGUAAUGUCUGUAACAAAACAUUCAUUUCUACGAGACUUUUGAAAAUACACCACGAGCAAACUCACCCUGAGGUAAAACCUUACGAGUGUGAUAUUUGUAGUAAAAGUUUUUGCUUAAAAACGUUAUUAAACAGACACAAACGAAUACAUACCACUAAAAAACGUUAUGGUUGUGAUGUUUGUAGUAAAACAUUUACGCAUAAACCUUACUUAAAGACACACAUGCUAAUACAUUCCAAUGAAAAGCCUUAUAGUUGUGAUGUUUGUAGUAGGCCGUUUCGUCACAAAAGUUUAUUAAAAAAUCACAAACUAAUACAUGCCAAUGAAAAACCUUAUAGUUGUGAUGUUUGUAGUAAAUCUUUUCGUCAUAAAGCUGUAUUAAAAAGUCACAGACUAAUACAUUCCAAUGGAAAACCUUAUAGUUGUGAUGUUUGUAGUAAGACAUUUAGAUGGAAUAGUAACUUAAGAAAUCACAUACUUUUACAUUCCAAUGAAAAGCCUUACAGUUGUGAUGUUUGCAGUAAGUCGUUUUAUCAAAAAAGAGUUUUAAACAAUCACAAACUAACACAUACUACUGAAAAGCCUUAUAGUUGUGAUGUUUGUAGUAAGUCGUUUUAUAAAAAAUGUACCUUAAACAGUCAUGUACGAAUACAUGCCACUGAAAAGCUUUAUAGUUGUGAUGUUUGUAGUAAGACAUUUACGUGUCAAUCUUACUUAAACAGACACAUGCAAAUACAUGCCAGUAAUGCCAAUGAAAAGCCUUAUAGUUGUGAUGUUUGCAAUAAGUCAUAUUAUCAAAAAAAUAGCUUAAACACUCACAAACGAAUACAUGACACUGAAAAGCCUUAUAGUUGUGAUGUUUGCAGUAAGUCGUUUCAUCAAAAAAGUACCUUAAACUGUCACAAACGAAUACAUAGCAAUGAAAAGCCUUAUAGUUGUGAUGUUUGUAAUAAGACAUUUAGGGAUAAAUCUCACCGAAACAGUCACAAAAAAAUGCAUACCAGGCAACGCAUUGUAAUUAAUUAUAGUUGUGAUGUUUGUAGUAAGUCGUUUAUUCGAAGAGGUGACCUCAACAGCCACAAGCUAAUGCAUACUUACUGGAAAGACUUAUAAUUAGGGAGCUGGUGAGCAUUUAGGUAUAUGAUUUGCACAAGUUUCACAUCGAGGUAGAUUGCAGUUUACGUCAUUACGAAUUGAUUUGGUCCAGUCAAUUAAGGUCCUACGUCGCAGCAUUUUCGCGUUACAGAAGAUUGAAGUAGCUUAAAAAAAGGGGAUAUUAAAUAAUUUGCACAUGUACCUAUGCCUCUGGGGUUCAUGGUCACAAACAGCUUGGAAACGAAGAAAAUCGAAGAGGCAGACAUUCAGGGCUCUGCAUUAUUAUGGGGCGGAGUUGUAAAAAUGUUAAAAAAAUAAUCGGCCAAGUGCGA